GGCGGCGGCGCGGGCUCCCGAAGCUCCAUCGACAGCCAGGCCAGCCUGAGCGGGCCGCUGGCGGGCGGCGCGGCGGGCGCGGGGGCCCGCGACGUGGGCGACGGCAGCAGCACGUCCAGCGCGGGCAGCGGAGGCAGUCCGGACCACCACCACCACGUCCCGCCCCCGCUGCUGCCCCCCGGGCCGCACAAGGCUCCCGACUGCAAGGCAGUAGCCACGCGCAGGUCCCUGGACGACCUGUCCGCGCCACCGCACCACCGAAGCAUCCCCAACGGCCUGCACGAUCCCUCGUCCACCUACAUCAGGCAGCUGGAGACCAAGGCCCUCGCACAGCAGGCAGGCUCUGGAGAGUUCCGGACUCUGCGGAAGGGCUUCUCCCCGUACCACUCGGAAUCCCAGCUGGCGAGCCUGCCGCCUUCCUACCAGGACUCCCUGCAGAACGGCCCAGCCUGCCCGGUCCCCGAGCUGUCCUCGCCCCCCUCCGCCGGCUACAGCUCCACGGGACAGAAGCCAGAGGCUGUCGUGCACGCGAUGAAGGUCCUGGAAGUGCACGAGAACCUGGACCGGCGGCUCCAGGACGGCUGUGAGGAAGGCCUGAGCGAGAAGGAGAAGGCCAUCGUCCGCGAGAUGUGCAACGUGGUCUGGAGAAAACUGGGGGAUGCGGCCAGCUCCAAGCCCUCCAUCCGGCAACACCUGUCUGGGAACCAGUUCAAGGGACCCUUGUAGGGCUGCUCCCCCGUGGAUGUGGACUGGCCCUGCGGGGUGUCCUGGGGAGCCGCAGGCCCCCGUCUUCUUUUUCUGUGGCGAAUUGUACAUAGGACGCUGCCCGCCGUGACCCGGCUGCCGUGGGUCCAGCACACGGACGGCCGGGCCCCCACCUCCCUCCUCACACACCAGCAAACCGGGAAGACGCGAGGCUGCCGGCCGUUCUGUGCAGCAGGGCGGCCCGGACAGCCUCGUCCCUGCCCCGGGGCCCCACUGGUGAGGGGCUGAAGGCCGGCCUUGGCGGAGGGGCGCCUCGUCAAGCCUUCCACCCACACCAGACAGAGGCCCCUGGUGGCUGGACCUGACGCGGGGGGCCCCACUCCUCACCCAUCUGCUGUGGCCUGAACGCCAGCCCGCUGAGCACUGGGUCCCGAGUCCCCAACCAAGAAGCUCCGUGUCUGUGGCUGGAGGCUCCGAGGCCCUUCCUCUGGCAACCCCCCAUGCGCAGCUCCCUGCUGCACGCUGCUGCUCGGUUUCAGGGUUCAGGCCCCCAGCCCCCCCCCCCACACACACACACAGCCCCCCAAUCCCGCGCCGGGUCGUGCCCUCUCUGGGUCCCUCCUGCCCGGUGCUUGAGGCAUCUGCACUCCUGUGCUUCACAUGAUGGGCCAGGGGGGUGGGAGGCCACGUGGAGAGUCUCUGGUUGAGCCCCCCGCCCCGCUCUCUCCAGAUGGGCGGCGCUGGGCCGGGCUGGGCCUCUGGUAUCCCCCAGAGCCUGGCCCUCAGCCAGAGUCACUGUCGACGGAGCUGCAUGGGCGGCCGAGGGGAGAGUUCUGCCCUCUGUAGAAGGAAGGAGCCUGACCCAGCUCUGGCUUUAAUUUGCCGCGUGACCUUCAGCAAGUCAAUCAGCUUCUCUGGGCCCCCGGUGGGAAAACGAGGUCUCAGGUUCUUUCGGCCGUGCUCACCACCCAAGGCCACCAGCUUUAUUCAGCCGGUGCCCUCAGUCGCGGCCUGCGAGCCCACGGGGCCCGCCUGCCGCAGAGGCCGCUGCUGGCUGGGCUGGGCUGGGCUGGGCUGGUCGGAGCCGGGGACCGAGCUGAGUUCUGCCUUGCUGCCUGCUCACAGGUGCUGUCCCCUCCCCGCUCUGAGCCUCAGUGUCCUCUGCCGGAGAAGGGACAGCAUCGGGCCCUCCGUGCAGGGCUCGACAUCAAACAGAGCUUCCGUGUGAAUGAUCCCAUGCCAGCCAUAGAGCGCGAUACAGAAACGCGGAGGUUGGUGAGGAAAGCGAGGCCCAGAGGGUGAGCGAGCUGUGGCACGUUCCACACGAGACCCCAGAUGCUGGGAGGUGGGACAGACCGCCGGGAAUGCUGUCGGCACGGGCCCUGGUGUCCACUCGGCACCUGGCCGCCCACCCCUCACGCUGCCUUCACUCGGCGGCGGUGCUCAGCAGGGCGCCCGCCAGCACUUGAGCCCGGGAGGCCGUCUCUGCAGUAGGUGGGCCUCGUCCAGGCCCCCGUGAGGCGCGGGGACAGGGCCAGGGGAUGGGGAGGCCGCCCUGUUCCUGUCCCCAGCGGGGACUCUGCGUUGGCCUGUUGGUCAUUGUGCCCUUGGGUCGUACGCUCUCAGGGGAAAGGCUCGCGGCCCUUGUUGUGCCCAGGGAGUGCUAAGUGGGUGCUGGUGACAGCCACAGGCAUUUUCCUCUUGCCCUGGGGGAUUACAGGGAGCUCUGGGCUCCUCCUGGAGGGAGCUUGCCUGUCACCAGGGGUUAGGUGUUUGGAGCUGGAGGGGAUAUCCUUGGUCAUGGUACCGGGCAAUCCCUGCCCUUGUGGGCAGUGAGCUGGGGGGCAGAGGCCCCUUCUGGAUCUUGGGAGUCCAAAGAACCGCAGAGCAGCCCGGGGGGAGGAGGGAGGGGGGGAGGGGUCCAUUUUGGGUGGAAGCCGCAGCUGGGAGCCCAUUUUUCACGUUUGGAUCAGGUUGGCUCGGCCACCACUGAAAAUAAGCAAUAAGUAAGGGCUCCCGGUAGCUGCACGUCUGCAGACCGACCCAGGGAAGAACUGCCUCGGAGGGGCCUCCCCCACCCCCCCCCCCCACCCCGGGUGGUGCCGUGGCAUCCAGGGGUCAGGCGGAGCGGAGCGUUUCUGCCCGAGCCCUCCUGUGUGCCACGGAGGCCGUGGAAGCCAGGUGCGGGCAUCUCCUUCCCACCACUGCUCGCGGUCCUGAGCCAACAGUGCGCGGGGAUGGCUUUCAAGGACAGAACCGUGUCUGUGACGGUCACCUCAUGUGAUAAGCUGUUUAAAAGCCAGCAGCACCUCCGCCUGAGCCCACACCCUGGGUGGCGGGCGGGUUCAGUGGGAGCCCACAGGCUGGGGAGGGUCAGAGGAGCCUCAGCCCUGCCACCAACCGGGGUGUGUCGGGUGACGGGGGGGGGGGCCUCCUCAAGGUGGGGGUAGGGGUGUUGCUGAGCGCGGGUGGCCUUUCAUAAAGGUCCCUUUACGUUUCACUCUGAGUCGCCAUCUUGAAGCCCAGUGUGACAUCUGUCCUGUGGCUUCAGUUCCCACUGUGAUGGAGGUCACCCAGCCUCACCCCAGGUGGCCUCGCCCAUCCUGGGAGCAGAAUCUGCUGAGCACAUUUUUUAGGGUGGCACAUUUUUAUCCAAAAGUUAUUAGCUACACAUCAGUGUUUAAAGAGAAAAAAGUGACCUUUCAUUUUCUUUUUCUUGAAAACUUGAGAGGAAACAAAAUACAUACUACUGAUUUUUUUUUUUUUUU